AUGGUUUCCGAAUCAGCUCAAAUUGUGAUCACUACGAUCUUCACCAUGCUUGUAAUCACAGAUAUCAUGGGAAACACUCUGGUUUGUGCUGUCAUAAUCAAAAGCCAUGACAUGAGGACGCCUAUGAACUAUUUGCUGAUCAAUUUGGCUCUGGCAGAUAUUAUGGUGGCGUUGUUUAUUGCACCGCAGUUUAUCCUCAUCCAUACUUUCAAGCAUCCGGAUGGCAUGACAGGAGCUUUAUUUUGUAAACUGCUGACUGGUGGUAACCUGAUGUGGACAGGCGCAACUGCAUCUGCCUUCACAUUAGUUGUCAUUGCGUUUGAACGAUAUUAUGCUGUAAUGUAUCCUCAUGGUAGCAAGGGAAAGAUGACGAAUAACAAACUGAAAGUGAGUAUGGCAAUAACAGACCCCCGAGUACUGUUGAGAGAGCACAGAUAUAUUCAAAGCAACGACAAUGUGUUAUGAUGACCAAAUUGUUUAAUUUGGGCCUAUGACAAAUCUACCGGUUGUGUACCAUAAGGACAGACUGUGCUUAGCUUAUAUGAGGUGUUGGCGUCAUGGAGCCACUGAAUUCGCGUCAUAAAGCCUCUGAAUUUCCCUUCAUAAGGCGCAAUACAAAGCAUGGUCUUUUGUCAAAUUGCGUCAACAAUUUCUCGAUACCAACAUGUUCACCUGACUGAAGGUGGGGGUUUAGUAAGAGUUAAGAAAAAAAAAAACUGUAUUCGAUGCCAAACGCACUGAAAUGAAUAACUGAGCCACCUCUAUUUUCAGAACACAAUUACUAUCUGAACAAUGACCAGAUGCGCUGUUGCAUGAGAUGAACUCAUUACAUAGUCUGAAGUGUGAAGUCGAAACCAAUGUAGAAAACAACAAAUUAUUAAGUGCAUUAUUAAACGUUCCACAUAAAACCGAUUAAAAAAAAAAAUUAAGAAUUUCUUUCUUUUUUUCGUUUGAAGUAAUAGUA